AUGUACAGAAUCAAGGCACCAAAGGGCGACCAAAACUACUGGGUGCCAAUUUUGGCCAAUCCCGACAUCGUGGAGCAUUAUUCCGAAAACGUCGUCGACACCUUGCACAAGAAAAAUUUGCUCCUUCUUGGUGAAGAUCGUUAUCUUUCAACUUUGAUGUUGCGAACCUUCCCCAAGCGAAAGCAGGUCUUCGUUCCGCAGGCUGUGUGCAAGACCACCGUGCCCGAUGAAUUCAAGGUUCUUCUCUCCCAAAGAAGAAGAUGGAUCAACAGUACGGUCCACAAUCUCAUGGAGUUGGUUCUGGUUCGUGAUCUUUGCGGAACUUUCUGCUUCAGUAUGCAGUUCGUUGUCUUUGUCGAACUAGUUGGUACACUUGUGCUUCCAGCUGCCAUUGCUUUCACAUUCUAUGUUGGUGAGUGA